AUGAGGAGAGAAAAACAUUUGUUCUUAAUUUUACUUUUGUCAUUUUCAAUUUUUGCAUCAAUUUCAAACUCUCUUCCUCUCUCAACCAACAAAAGAUGGAUAGUAGACGAGUUAGGAAAAAGGGUAAAGUUGCAUUGUGUUAAUUGGUCAAGCCACCUAAAUGCAAUGAUAGGUGAGGGUCUUGACACAAUAUCCUUACAAAAUCUUAUAUCUCAAUUGAAGGAAUUAGGAUUUAAUUGUGUUAGAUACACAUGGGCUACACAUAUGUUUACACGUUAUUCAAUGUAUAAAGUUGGAGAAAAUUUUGACAAAUUGAAUCUCAUUGAUUUUAGGUUAACAAUUAGAUUUUAUAAUCCUUCUUUAGAGAAUAUUACAGUUGUGGAAGCCUUUGAUUUGGUGAUUGAUGAGUUUGGAAAACAAGAUAUGAUGGUUUUGGUUGAUAAUCAUGUUAGUGAUCCUAAAUGGUGUUGUGAUGGGAAUGAUGGGAAUGGAUUCUUUGGUGAUAAAGAUUUUGACCCUAAAGAAUGGUUAGAAGGACUUUCCAAUGUUGCCAAUCGUGUCAAGGGAAAACCUCAGGUUGUGGCAAUAGGGCUAAGAAAUGAACUAAGAGGUCCAAAUCAAAACCAACAAAAUUGGCACAAAUACAUGAGUCAAGGAGCUACAACAGUUUACAAUGCAAAUCCAAAUGUUCUUGUUUUUGUAUCAGGCUUGAGCUAUGACACUGAUUUAAGUUUCUUGAAAACAAAUCCUUUAAACACAAGCAUAGGUAACAAAUUGGUGUACGAGGUACAUUCUUAUGCCUGGUCAAGUGGGCCACGAAGUGAUUGGACUGAGAAACCAUUAAACCAAAAAUGUGCCAAUGUAAUGAAUGGAUUGACCGAUAAAGCUGGAUUUCUCAUGAGUGGUUCCAACCCAAGUGCAUUGGUUAUGAGUGAAUUUGGUAUGAACAUGGAAAUUUUGGAUAACAUGAACCAAAGAUUUAUGUCUUGUAUGAUGGUUUAUCUUGUUGGUAAUGAUUUGGAUUGGGCUUUGUGGGCAGCACAAGGUGCAUAUUAUGUAAGAAAGAAUGAGACUAGGGUGAGUGAGACAUUUGGUUUAUGGAAUAUUUAUUUUAGAUCACUUCGAUAUGCAGAAUUUCCACAAAGAUUUCAACUCUUACACAAAAAGCUUCUAGAACCAAGUUCAAAUUCAAGCAAAUCCUAUAUAAUAUAUCAUCCAUUAAGUGGGCAAUGUGUGAGAGUAAGCAAUAAUCAUAAACUUGAAUUGGGUGAUUGUGAUUGGCCAAGUAAGUGGAAUCAAGAAGGACAACAAAUUAAAUUGGUUGAAAAUGGUGCUUGCAUUGAAGCAAUUAGUGAAGGAUCUCAAGUGAAGCUCUCAAGUGAUUGCAAGAGCAAGCAAAGUUUUUGGAAAAAGUUAUCAACAUCAAAUCUUCAUUUGAGUAUUUUGGAUAGACAAGGAAAUUACUUGUGCUUGGAAAGGGAGUCCCCUACUUCACCUAAGAUAGUCACGAAAAAAUGCAUAUGUGUGGAUGAUAGUCUUUCUUGUUUGGAUGAUCCUCAAAGUCAAUGGUUUCAACUAGUUACAACAAAUGUGUAA